AUUCACUUGGUAUCUAAAAUAGGAAAGAUCAUCAAAGACACCGAUAUUCUCCUUUCUUACAAUGGAAAACCAGUCCUUGCUGUUUCAAUGCCUUCUUUUUAGUUUUCUCAUGUAUUUCACUUCAACACAUUCUGUGAAAAUUCCAAGGUUGAGUCCUAUUCCUACAUGGGAUACAAGCUUGCACCACCCUGCAACUUUUGAUGCAAAAAUUUCUACAGAUAACAUUAACACAUUUUACUACAAACAGCUUCUUGAUCACUUCAACUAUAGGCCCCAAAGUUACAAAACUUUUCAACAAAGAUAUCUCAUCAAUUUCAAGUACUGGGCUGGUGCCAAUUCUAGUGCUCCAAUAUUUGCCUAUUUAGGUGCAGAAGAAGCAAUAGAUUAUUCCCCAGAAGGCGUAGCAUUCCUCACUGAUAACGCUGCUUCCUUUAAUGCUCUCUUGCUAUACAUAGAGCACCGUUAUUAUGGGAAAUCAGUACCAUUUGGAUCAAGAGAAGAAGCAUUUAAGAAUGCAAGAACCAUUGGAUAUUUCAACUCAGCUCAGGCUAUAGCAGAUUAUGCAUCACUUCUCUUACAUGUUAAGAAGACAUUACAUGCACCAAAUUCUCCGGUGAUUGUGAUUGGAGGAUCAUACGGUGGAAUGCUUGCUUCGUGGUUUAGGCUCAAAUAUCCUCACAUGGCCAUUGGUGCUCUGGCUUCAUCAGCUCCAAUCCUCUACUUUGAUGAUAUUACACCACAAGAUGGUUACUACUCUGUUGUUUCAAGGGAUUUUAGAGAAGCCAGUGAAACAUGCUACCAAACUAUAUUGCAGUCGUGGUCUGAAAUUGACAGUGUAGCUUCUCAGCCAAAGGGUCUUUCCCUUCUUAGCCAGAGAUUCAAUACUUGCAGACCCUUAAACAAGUCUUAUGAGUUGAAAGAAUACCUGAUUAAUAUGUAUGCUUCUGCUGCUCAAUACAAUCAUCCACCAAGAUAUCCUGUAACAGUGAUUUGUGGUGGCAUUGAUAAAGGUUCAUUUGGGAGUGAUAUAUUGAGUAAGAUAUAUGCAGGGGUGGUGGCUUUAAGGGGAAACACCACUUGCAAAGUUAAUGCUCCUUCUAAUCUAUCUGAGACAACUCUGGGUUGGAGAUGGCAGACAUGUAGCGAAAUUGUGAUACCUAUAGGCAUAGGAAACAAUUCCAUGUUCCAACCCGAUCCUUUUAGCUUCAAGAGUUUUGCCAAUGACUGCAAGAAGCUUUAUGGUGUCUCACCUCGUCCCCAUUGGGUCACUACUUACUAUGGUGGUCAUAAUAUAAAGUUGAGCCUUCAAAAGUUUGGUAGCAACAUCAUCUUCUCUAAUGGACUACGAGACCCUUACAGCAGUGGCGGGGUUCUGGAAAACAUAUCAGACACUGUUGUCGCCAUCCAUGCAGUUAAUGGAUCUCACUGCUUGGAUAUUAUGGGUGCAAAUGUAAAUCAUAGUGAUCCAGAAUGGUUGGUUGAAAUGAGGAACAAAGAGAUAAAGAUCAUGAAAGGGUGGAUCACACAGUAUUAUGAUGAUCUUCUAGCACUUAAUGAGACCAUAAAAUGGUUCUGAUGCAUAGGGGAAUCUUGUGCCGCGAAGACACGGAGAAGGUGUUUUGGUGGUUGCUGGUUUUAUCAUGAUGGCGCAUAAUUGGGUUUUGUGGUUUUUUUCUUUUUGCAAGUUAAAGAAGCUAAUAAAGGUCAUGCGUGAGAUUUCCUAUAGAAGAUGAGGUUUGCGUAAAGCUUGUGAGAUAGCGAUUUCUUGUUGGUUUCGAUUUGUAGGUGAUUCACCGUUGUGGUGCAAUGGAGAAGCUAUGGUGACGUGAUUAAGCUAUGAAGGAGGAUUGUGUGAGGAUUUCAAACUAGGAUUUCAUUUUUUUUGCGAGAUGCGAUUUGGUUUUGUUAAUGAUUAACGACGAGGAUGAUGGUUUUGCAGUGAGGAACUUGCAAAUCGCAAGUUAAAGUUUCAA